AUGCUCCUCGUCCUAACGACCCUCGCUGUCGCAGCCGUGUCGCUCGCCGAAUACCAAGAAUUUUUCUUCACAGCCAACGGCACCUGUCCCGGACUCGCCUGGGGGUGCGUCGCGGACGGCGUGCUCGCCGCUUGCGCGUACGACAGCACCGUAGACAAAAACUACUGUUGCGGCGGCGCCGCGCAGGGAACGUGUCGAGUCUCCGCCCCGGAUUGCUUGGGGGGUGAUGGCGGGCCCUCGUCGACGCAGCAGCUGUGCAGUGUUGGGGACACGAACUGGUGCUGUUUGAAGGAUACGGAGGCUUGUACGCCUAAGCAAGGACAAAUCAACGUCUGCAUCGCCACGCAGCCCGAUACGAUUGCCAAUGUCAGCCAGGAAGUUUUGAAUGAGACGUUUUCUUCGCUGUCCUCUGCCGCGCCGACGGCGACGACGUUCUCGUUCGAUGCGGUGGCGCUUGCUGCUGCGGCGGUUUCUACGAGUUCGUCGUCGACGGUCACAUCCUCUCCGUUACCGUCAGACUCGUCUUCAAGUUCUUCGACUUCCAGUCCGAGCCCAACACCCUCCAGCAGCUCCUCCUCCAAUUCCCUCUCCGGCGGCGCAAUCGCCGGCAUAGUCGUUGGCUGUGUCGUCGGUAUCGCCGCGGUCCUCAUCAUUGCAUUCCUGAUCUUUCGUUGCCGGCGUAACAACAACAGCAGAAGUCCCGCGAACGAGACAGGUUAUACGAGCGUGCCUACGCAGUCGAUGGAGAAGAGAGAGAUGGGUACGGACGGGAGAUUCGAGCUUUUCUCCCAAAAACCUGCAGCGGCAGAAUUGGAGGGCACGCAUGAGCCGAGAGAGUUACCUGGUGGGAGGGGGAUAGCGAGCGAGUUGCCUGCGCAUUGA